ACAAACUGCCAGCGGAUGUCAACUGUAGCCCUCAGUACAAAAUUGCCAAGUUCACUUUAAGGCUCUUUAUGACGUCACAUUUCAUGAAAUGGAAUUGAUAAACAUUUCAACUUCAAAAUCAUGUCUUUGAGGGGCACGCGCAUACGCACAUAUACAGUUUUACUCAGUGAGUUUACCGGCUUAGCCGCUGCUACAAACUAUCAACAUCUGGCGGUAGUGGUAUAAAAUGUUGUGUGAGGUCCAAAACAAAAUCAGUCAAGCAGCCAACAUCAGUAAAGCGCAUAGCGCGAUCAGCAAUAAAAAGGAGCAAAGGAUUAACUUUUUUGUGGAUUAUUAUAUAAGGAUAACGAAACAAAGCUAUUGAGUGCGAAUUGAAGUUGUGCCAGUGUUAAGUGCGUUUUACUUAUUUAUUUCUCAAACCCAAUUAAGGCGAAACAAGCAAAAAGCUCGUACGCCUGCAUAAUGAGAUUAACACAUCGUCUGGCUAUUAUGGCCGCCAUACUCUUGGCUGGCUGCUCAAUCAGUUAUGCACAGGAAUCGGCGUGGGGCGGCGGCUGGGAACCCGCAAAGGAGUCAAUGCUCAGCAGACGCGCCGCAGAAUCCGACAAAGCAGAUCCCGCCGCAGUCCAACCUGCAGAGGUACAGGGCCGUAAUUAUGGUGUAAAUGAAGCUAUCUAUAGCAAUGAUACUAGCGUCGACAUCAAUGCCGUCAUCGAUCAAAUUAUAAACUCCCGCCGCGAAGGCCGUAUUUUAGGCGAAUAUGAUCAAGUUUAUGCCGAUGGUAAUAUCGAUCAGGCGCUGCAACAGGGCGACCACAUGCAAGCACGCAAUCUUAUACGUGACAAACUUUGUGGAUUGGGGCUGAUGAGUUGUGAUGUUGAAGAGAAGCGUCCUUACUAUUCAACAAUUUACGCGCAAGGUCCGCCACCGCCCUCGUUUGGUGGUGGUCCAUAUGGACCGGCCAAGCCAAUGCCACCACCUGGCCAUUUCAACAGUCGUCCGCUACCAUCCUCGUCAUUGAACUCUUUCGGUCCGCCACGUAAAGUUGGUUACGAAGGCGCUUACAAGCCACCUUAUCGUCCAUCUGGCCCAGGACCAGUGUAUAAUGGUCCUUAUUUGGAAAAUCCACCACCCUCUGCAAUUGGCGCCACAGGACCCUCAUUUAAUAAACCUCCACCCGGUGCUAUAAUUUACGGCAGCAAACCACCAGGUCCAGUCUUCAACGGCAACUCUGACGUACCUCCUCCUUAUGCCUUUGAAAACCCUGGCGCUGAGAAAAUUCAAGCAUCUGGCUCUUCACAAACCAAUUUUUAUGCACAUCAGUCAUCCUCCGCUUCGGCAUCCUCGUCUUCGAAAGUAGUUGUUGGCAAUUUGAAUGCCAUUCCGGUGCCAGCUCCACAAGGCGGCUUACAACAGCACGUGCACCACCACUUCCAUCACGUUGAGGGCGCUGACGGCGUCGCUGGUGCUCAGGUGCCAACUGUGCCAAUACCAAUUGGUGGUGGACAAUCGAUUAACACUGACUUCUCAUCACUUGCGCAAUCAUCGACAGCCUUCACACCACAAACUCAAGGUGGUUUCACGGAAUCCAAUGCCUUUACAGCCGGUUAUAAUGGUGCUUCACAAGGAGGACUACUUUCGCAGGCGGCAGCCAAUAGUUUCGGCACAUAUGAGAAACCCAGCACAGAACUCUACAAGCCUUCAGGCGGUUUAGGUAGUUUUGGCAAUGCUGCUACUCAAGGAAUUUAUGACCCAUCUAGCGUUAAUGGUGUUGGCACUACAGGUAUUUACGGACAAACAGCGGGCGCAAAUAGCUUUGGCCAGAGUGGCUUCGGACAAUCGACCAACUUUGGCCAGUCCAACAACAACUUCGGACAAGCCAGCGGCAGUUAUCACAGCCAAAAUCCCGACUAUUACAAGAAGGAGUUACAAAACUUUGGCGGUAUUGGUACCUCGGCUGGCUACAAUGGUCUCGGAAACAAUUUAGGCGCACAAUACCCAGCUGGAUAUGACACCUCACGUCAACAAAUCGUCGAUUGUCAAUGUGUACCAUUCAACCAGUGUCCGGCAGCCGAUCGUAUUGGACGCAAGGAAGACCUUAUCUUGGCUAUUGAUCCACGUAAUUUGGGCAAAGACAUUGAAGCUUUGGGUGAUGAGACAGCUACAAACGCCACUGUCAGUGAGACAGAAGAUAAGAAAGAAGAAAAGAAAGAGGAAAAGAAGGCGGACGAAAUUAAACGCAGUAAGCGAGAGGCUCAAGCCGAAGAUAAACAAUCCGACGAGGGUGCAGCUGAUCUGCCACUAGAUGCCGAAGGGCGCGCUUACUACGGUAACCGCCCAGUUGAGAAAACCUGCCGCGUCAAUGAGGUCUGUUGCCGUCGUCCUCUGCGCCCACCACCACAACAACUUGGACGUUGUGGCACACGCAACGCUGCUGGCAUUACUGGUCGCAUCAAGAACCCAUCGUAUAUUGAUGGUGACAGUGAAUUCGGCGAAUAUCCAUGGCACGUAGCCAUCCUGAAAAAGGAUCCCAAAGAGUCGGUUUACGCUUGUGGUGCCACACUAAUUGAUGCACAACACGUUAUCACCGCCGCUCACUGCAUUAAAUCUCAAAACGGCUUUGACUUACGCGCCCGCCUCGGUGAAUGGGAUGUCAAUCACGAUGUGGAAUUCUUCCCCUACAUUGAACGUGACGUCGUCUCGGUACACAUUCAUCCCGAAUACUAUGCUGGUACUUUGGAUAAUGAUUUAGCUGUACUGAAACUUGAUCAUCCCGUGGACUUUACCAAGAAUCCACACAUCAGUCCCGCUUGCUUGCCAGACAAAUUCUCCGACUUUACUGGCUCUCGCUGCUGGACCACUGGUUGGGGCAAGGAUGCUUUCGGCGAACAUGGCAAAUACCAGAAUAUUCUCAAGGAGGUCGACGUGCCGAUCUUGUCGCACCAUCAAUGCGAAUCGCAAUUGCGUCAAACGCGUCUUGGCUACAGUUACAAACUCAAUCCCGGCUUCGUUUGUGCAGGCGGUGAAGAAGGCAAGGAUGCCUGCAAGGGUGAUGGUGGCGGUCCAUUGGUGUGCGAACGUAACGGCAUCUGGAAUGUGGUCGGCGUUGUAUCCUGGGGUAUUGGUUGCGGUCAAGCCAAUGUACCCGGUGUGUAUGUACGUGUUUCGCAUUAUUUGGACUGGAUUCGUCAGAUUACGCAAUACUAUAAAUGAGUAACGGCACAGGUGAUGACGACGCAUAUAGUGGCGGCCACAACAGCCUAUCACAGCUGUCAGUCGCAAGACCGAGAUGUGUUCCACUUUCACUUUCGAUAAGCCAUUUUUGUUACGUGUUCGAGUAUAUGUUAAUGAUAUUAUUUAUUUUUGUUAGUGUUGUAAGUGUAAGUGCAUAGGUAUGUAUGUAAGUGCUGUUCAGUGCGACUGCUUAUCCUGUUUUUUUUAUAUAUCUUUUUGUUUUUGUAAAUAUUUAUUGUCUUCUCGCACGUCUGUUAAAUUAUUUUAUUGAUCGCCUGGCGCUAUUUGCGAAAGCGGCUGCUGCGAAAACUUGGCUACACCAUUAAAUUAUUAUAAUUACUAAA